AUGUCGUACACUAAAGCCUACGAGCCCGUCAGAGGCGACGUUGCCCAGUCAGACUACGAGCUCAUUGAUGCUGACCCUUACUUUACGAGGGUGGUGUCGUAUUUCAGACCGUCAGACAUAGCUGCUUGGGGAGCCACCACGGCUGCAUUUCCCUUGGGCCUUGCUGCUUGGGAGAGAUUGGAGCCAGUCGCUGGCGCUUUUAAGAAGCCAGGCAGAGUUCCAGGUUCGGCUUUGAGAGCUGCAACCUUAAUGGGCUUUUUCGGAGGAUUCUACCUUGCGUACAUUAGAUCGAGCAGGAGAUUCUUGGGAUGGUCUGAAAACGCCAGAGAAGUGAAGAAGGACAGAUACGAAAUCAAAAAGUUGUUGUCGCAAGGAAAGUUACCUUACCACCAGAAUGAAUCUUCGUUGGACGACAGAAUGAAGGAUAUUGCCAACAGAAACUCUCAGUAUUCCUUCACUGCAUUGUUUGUUCUUCCUUGGUUCAACAUGGCGUACCACCCAUACCACGGUGUCGACAUCAAGAAGUACUAUGAGACCAGAGAGGGAGAGGAGAGUUGGGGUUUCAACUUAAAGCCCUACGAGGAGAUCGUGGCAAAAUACUCCAAGACUGUCGAGUAA